CUUCAAAUUGUUUACUUGAAAUGAUUUGUAGCUAUCGUCUCUAUCUGUGCGUGAGAGUGCAGUCGACUCAGUUGCCCUACCAAGAAACACGUAAUACCGUAAAGUGUUGUGUAUUCGUGCAUAACAAUUCAGGCGGAUACUGGCUUGACCAUUUUGCGAGUGUCAGUUCAGUUAACAAAUGGUCACAUUUGUGCAGCAGGUUUUUUCAAAAGCUCCCGGCUCGGCUCGGGUUUAACAUUUUGAGGAUCCUCCAAUUUCAAGAAUUUUAAGAGAAAACAACAACAUGGCAUUCCUGUGGGCAUGGCUUGGAGACUUUAUGAAGGUCAAGUCAAAGUAUGGAGACAUUAUGGAGGUUAAAACUACUGGUGCCUCUAAGGAGACAGCAGAUGCUGACGGCCAUGCUAGAGGUUAUAGCGGGGUGACUGCAUCUGAGAGAAUGGCAGAGUAUGACAAAGAUGACAUAAAUAAUUACAUUGACAUCAUCAGAGAGGUGGGGAAAGAGUAUGAAAUAGCCCCAGCUCUCAUCUGUGGCAUCAUCUCAAGAGAGACCAGAGGUGGGAGAGCAAUACGUAAACCGUCCCCACCAAUCGUCCCAAAACAAGGCUGGGGGGACUAUGGAAGAGGCUUUGGGCUAAUGCAGGUUGAUGUGGACCCAAAUGGUGGCAAGCACAAGAGAAGGGGUGAAUGGGACAGUGAGACACAUCUUGAACAAGCCACUGGGAUUCUAAUUGACUUCAUCAACAAAAUCAAAGACAAGUUUCCUGAUUGUACCGAGGAGCAGCAGCUUAAAGGGGGAAUAGCUGCCUACAACCAGGGGAUUGGAGCGAUCCAUUCGCUAUGUAAGAGAGUGGAUGAGAACACCACUGGAAAGGACUAUUCCAAUGACGUUGUUGCCAGGGCUCAAUGGUAUCACAACAACUUGGUCUGAGGUUCAUAUCAUUAUCAUUGACCAGCAUCCAGACCAUUGGAAUGACAGAGGAUCCGACAGGUUACAUUGUGUAGUUCAACUCUUUCAAACGUCCUCAGGUGUUGGACCAUUCAGUAACCUGCUAUGAUGAUGAAUGAUACAUUCACAAUAUGUUAUACACAAUGUAAUAUGAAGGUUUAGUUUGAUGUGUUUGUCUAACAUUGUAGUUGCUACGUUUUUUUUUUCUAGGUCAGUAGUCUGGUUUUUCCAAUCAACAUGAAGAUCAAUGUAAUGAGGAAUGUGUAAGGGUUAACAUUGUGUUAAAAAAAAAAAGUAUUAUAAUGUUAUGUUUGAGUCAUAAGGGGCAGGCAGGCAUCAGGCAAUAAAGACUCAUGUAACAAAA